GACCGGUUGUUCUUCGUGAUGGAGUACGUCAAUGGAGGUGACCUGAUGUUUCAGAUUCAGCGAUCGAGGAAGUUCGACGAAGCUCGAUCUCGUUUUUACGCGGCUGAGGUCACAUCAGCGCUGAUGUUCCUGCACCGGCAUGGAGUCAUAUACAGAGAUUUGAAAUUGGACAACAUAUUGUUGGAUGCGGAGGGUCACUGUAAGCUAGCAGACUUUGGGAUGUGUAAGGAGGGAAUCCUCGAUGGAGUCACCACUACCACUUUCUGUGGAACGCCCGACUACAUCGCACCUGAGAUCCUUCAAGAGCUGGAGUAUGGCCCGUCAGUUGACUGGUGGGCUCUUGGGGUGUUGAUGUAUGAGAUGAUGGCAGGCCAGCCACCGUUUGAAGCCGAUAAUGAAGAUGACCUGUUUGAGUCCAUCCUCCAUGACGAUGUCCUCUACCCUGUCUGGCUCAGCAAGGAGGCUGUGUCUAUUCUAAAAGCGUUCAUGACUAAGAGUCCCAACAAACGUUUGGGCUGUGUGGUGGCUCAGGGUCUGGAGGAAGCCAUUAAACUACAUUCAUUCUUCAGAGAGAUCGACUGGACGCUGCUGGAGCAGAGGAAGAUCAGACCGCCAUUCAAACCACGCAUCAAAACCAAAAGGGAUGUGAAUAACUUCGACCAGGACUUUACACGGGAAGAACCCAUCCUGACGCCGGUCGACAACAACAUCAUCAAGCAGAUCAACCAAGAUGAGUUUAAAGGAUUCUCCUACUUUGGAGAUGAGACUGUGGCCUAGACCCAAACACACUGACACAUACACUUAAAACAUCUGUACACUUAACAUAAGUGAGUAAGGAAAUUGUACUCUUGUAACUGCUCCAGGUUUCCGACCACUCCAGGAAUUAUACUACACCGUUCGUAUCUCUCUUUAGGGUCUCUGUGCUCUUGUUGUUUGUACAUCUGUGUAUAUCCUAUCAAAAUAUCUGCUCAAGCAGCAUGCGAGUGCAGGUUAGAAACUGUAAGUAAUGAAACAAUAGUCCUUCACUUGGUCUGGUUGGAGUGUGUGUGUAUAUGAGAGUGAGAGAUGUGUACAAGUGUGCAUUCAUGUGUAGCUGUAUACCUCUGGAAAAGAGUAAGACUGUCAUUUCUUUACUUGAUGUGAUGUACUGUAUCCUGUGUCAUUCUCUGUGUUUAAAGAAUGUUCUCUCUUCCCUACAAUUGUAUGUGAAUGGAAAAAAAAAUGAACCAAUGAUUGUAUUUAAAGAGAAAACGUUUCGAAAAAGUUCAUUCACUAUUAAAGUGCGAGAAACCGAAGAUGUUUUCCUGAUGAAAUCAUCAUGAUGAGAGUAGAUGUUUUAUCAUUAGAGUACAAUUUCAAUGUCAACUUGAGAAGAUGCACCAAAAAAAGCGCCAAUUUGGCAUUUUUCAUUUUAGUUGAGUUUUAUCUCAGUGGUUAUUUUUAAUGCACAGAAAAGGUUUAGCUGUCUUAUCCUUUUAGCCCCACAUUUAAGCUUGUUUUUUUAACCCUUAAUGAUCCCAUUCAUCAUUAAAAAUAACUAAUGGUAGCAUUAGCUACCACUAACAAAACAUCAGAAGAUGACCACUGAGGCAUCCACAGUUGUAUCAGGGUAUACACUUUAAUCUGAUUCUCUUAUUAAGACAGUUGUCCAAUGAAACUAUGGCAACCUAAAAUAAAAAUUCAAGAGAGCCCUUGAAAAAUCAUCAAUUCUACACCGUCUGGACCCAAUCUUCAUUAAUCAAAUGACCAUUGAAAUGCCUGGUUCAGUGAUUGUGUAGAAGACACACAGAUGUGAAUGUGUCAGCAAAAGUGACUGAAUGUGAUAAAACUGAAUGUACUUUCUUGUGUUUUUUGUGUAUCCUCAUGUUUUUCUUUAAUUUAAAACAUUGUUGGUUAUUGUCAUUGUUGUGUUGUUGUUAUUUUCUGGAUCGUCCAGUUGUCUCUGACAUGUUAGAAAUAUUUAGAUUUCAUAUGAUGCAUCAAAACUCACCUGGUCAUAAACCAUUCGUUCAUAAUUAAGUUUAUCCUGGUGCAGUCUGAAUAUAGAAACUCACAGCAAUUCCUAUAAAGCAGUUAGUUGGGCUCUCUACCAUUGGUUAGCGUCAAUCUAUUUUUGGUGGGACCUUAAAAAUUAAGAUUUCUGAGAACAAUUUUGGCUAGUUAACAAUAAUUAACACUUCUUCUUUAUUGUUGUUGAAAAGGUUGGACUUUAUUUGUGUUUAGGUUAAUUGAUCCUUGUGUUUUUUUACUAAGUUCUACUGUACACAUUACUAUUCGUCAAGUAAAUAUUGCACAUUGCAUAACUUUAAGUUAUCUUAUUAAAAUAAGUCAACAUUGAUUAGUAGUUUGAAUUAAAUCUUGUUCUCCUGGAUCUAAAUAUUGUUCUUGUUUUAACCAAUGAUCACCUCAAAUGCCACCCCAGAUGGACAUUAGGUCACAUACUAUAUUGUACUAUACUCUCGGUAUGUUAACAAGAAUGAACUAGAAGACAGCGCCCACCAGUAACCGUUUAGAGGAGCAUCUAGCUUGUCAUGGUUGGAAGUCUGGGGCCCCUGAACAAUUCGCUGUAUCUGACUUGUGAAAACAAAUAGGACAUUGAAGUAAAAUAAUCUUCAAAUUAGCGAACAGGUGUGAAUCAAUGUUUCAGGUUAGGUUGUGACUCUACUGUGAACUGAAAAAAAACAAUCAUCUUAAAGAAAACAACAUGUGCCAUACUCUGAAAGAGGUUUACUUUUUGGUUAAAUUUGUAUUUCCAAACGUUUUAUUCCUUCUUAUUUCUCUUUUCUCAUCCAUUGAAGAAAAAAACAUCCACUUCUGUGCGCCUUAGUUUUAGGCCACUGCUGUGAGAUUUACUUCACCUACUGUCACUUAGAGUGCUUUUACACCUGACCUUUAAGGUUUGGUUAAAAACGAACUUGAGUCCAUUUGUUAAAUUAGUGUGGAUUAUUUGUACUGGUGUUAAAGCUGUCAAAGCAACCCUGGUGCAGACCAAAGAACCGUACCGAGACCACUUGAAAAGAUGGUUCUCGGUCAGCUUUUUUCUGGACUCUGGUGCAUUUUGUUAUCGUAAGAACAUGAACCGACCGUUAUCCAACCAAACUGCAGGAAGCAUUGCACCUUUUUUUUUUUUUAUUAAACCAGCUACCGCAUGUAGGGCCCUCUCUAUUCAUCAUUGCUGAACAUGUGUUAAAAACUUUCAUUGGCUACAAGAAACUGCCAAUGAAAUCCUGAACCCACAGAUUUGCUGUUUCAAUCCACAGUUGUUUUUUUCAGGGUUUUUACUGCAAGAAAUUCUGACCAAUAAUAGAGCAUUUUGCUCGCACAACUCACAUUUGGGUCCACUUGUAAAUGUCCUUGUGGUAAUUAUGAAACAACAUAACAAAUUGGUCCAUGAUUCCGACCAGAGCAAACCAACUAUAGGUGUGAAAAUUCUCUAACAGUUCCUCUACACAACAUCCAUAUUCAGUUUUCCAACAUGGAUUAUUAUUUUGGCCCAAAAAACAUUGACCAAACAUCUUCAUAGUGUACAUGUAGUAGUGUGACAUUUAUCAGAAACAGAGUAUGAGCCAUGAUGUCUUUAAGCUGUGUCAGGUGAAGAGGACCUUACACAGUGUGUUCAUUAUCCUAAUCUGAACUGUCAAAGCAAAGUUAAUACUGAUUACAAAGCUUUUAUCCCAAACCACAACUGCUCCGAACCUUUACAACUACUGCUUCUUCAAUUAUGUACCAAAAGUUAAAAUAUUCAAAGAUUGAAUUUAACCAAACAGCCCACUAAAUGGGCUUUUUCCCUUAUUAUUGCCUCCAUGUUGCCAUCAUAUAAUAUGAACACAUUUAUUACAACUAGCAUUAAAUGUUUGAUGAAUAGAAUAGAAUAGAAUAGAAUAGAAAAGAAAAUGUGAUUUCACACAUUACUGUGAGGUCUGAUUGAAAAACAUACAUCCUACAGACCCUUUAUGACUACAUGUUCCCCCCUUUAGGAGACAUCAGCCUUGUGAGAUACAUUUGACCUGCCAGAAAACCAAAAUCAUAGAAACAUCCAGGAUAGCGAUAGUGCAGAAUGAGGAGGGAGAUUUUUUUUUUUUUCAAUUUGAAUUUUGACAUUUAAGUUGAAAUGAUGACAAUCAAGAUGGAACUAUCAGUACCACAUACAAUAUUUCCUUAACUUUAGACUUCAUUCUGAACAUUUCGACUUUAUGACCAAAUGCAACAAAUUAAAUGAAAUAAAAAAAAUCAUCAGACAAAUGAUUUGCCUUGGACCAGUCCUAAAAGUUCAACUUUUUCCCUCCACAUUUGUGAACGCAAUAAAAGAAGGAAGAAAAUGUCUUCCUUUAUGUAUUUCCUCAUGCCUUACCUGAACACUCUUGUGUACAGCCGUGUGCAUGUAGUAAAAUCAUUACAGGUGUAUAGCAGCAGUAAUGGGAUAGAAGAUUAGCUGGAAGGACAUUCCAUCAUUGAAGUUGAACACUGUCGAAACAGUUUUACUACCAAAUGAUUUCAAAAUCAUUAAACUCCUUCUGUCCAUCAUUUUGUUUCUUUUCGCUUCCUCAUGAUGCAUGUUUGUUUCGUUUUUUAACUUAACAAAUGUCUACCAACAACCACAAAAAUGUCCUCCAAGCUAAAGACACCUAAUCCUAAACCUAAUCCAGAGUUUUCCACACAUUCCCUUUAGAUUUAUGUUUAUUAAAUGUUGUAUGGAUAUUUAAGAAACCAGGUGGGAAUCAAACUUCCACAAAAAGCAACAUGAGGGGUAUAUUCAAAAGAAUAGAAACAGUAUUAAACAUUUUUUCUCUCGGUAUCAAACAUCUUCCUGGGCUCCUGUGCAGAAUCUUAUAUGUAUAGGUGUUUGUUUUUUUCUGUCCGUGUAUUUAUGAAUCAUAACGUGUACAUUUUGUCAUCUGACCUGUUGUUCUGUUCGUUAUAAAGUACCUUCAUCUGUGUUUGUGGUUUUUGUUUUCCCUUUCGCCCUGUGUGCCAAAUGUACUGUAUUUUUAAAAGAUGUAAAGGUGUCUUUUCAUUUUGAAACAAAUUAAAUAUCUUCGUGUCAGAAAAGAA